AUAGGAAAAUAAAACGUAGUAGAGUUUGUUCCAACUUCUGUCUCUGCGUCUCAGUCGACCUCUCUUUCUUUCUUUUUAAUGAAGAGGCGGAACUCUAAAAUUCCAUAACAGCUAAAAAUUCAGUUUUCUCAACAUUCUCUGCACUUCCUAUUUGCGGCGCAAUUUUCGAGGCCGAUUCUCUCCUCUUCUCGACGAUAAAAUUAUUGGCUUUUGACAUUCACGGGUAGUAUUUGCUCUCAUGAAGACUGAGCAGUAAAAAUACUGGGGAAAAAUUCAAUGAUAAAAAAGAUGAAUUCAGCAAAGAUGGCCGAUAAGAAGGCAACUCUUGACACUGCCGCAUGGAUGUUUAAUGUCGUCACAUCUGUUGGAAUAAUCCUUGUCAACAAAGCCUUAAUGGCUAAGUAUGGCUUUACCUUUGCUACAACAUUAACUGGUCUGCAUUUUGCCACAACCACGUUGUUGACUGUUCUUCUUAGGAGGCUGGGAUACAUUCAGCCAUCUCAUCUACCAUUUUCUGAACUUCUGAAAUUUGUUUUAUUUGCAAACUUUUCCAUAGUUGGGAUGAAUGUGAGUUUAAUGUGGAAUUCUGUGGGAUUCUAUCAGAUUGCAAAGCUGAGUAUGAUCCCGGUAUCUUGUUUUCUGGAAGUUGUCUUGGACAAGGUGCGUUACUCAAGGGACACAAAACUUAGCAUAGUAUUAGUACUCCUUGGAGUUGCAGUCUGUACUGUUACGGAUGUGAGUGUCAAUGCUAAGGGUUUUAUAGCUGCUUUAGUGGCAGUUUGGAGCACUUCGCUACAGCAGUAUUAUGUACACUUCCUCCAGCGGAAUUAUUCUCUUGGAUCUUUCAACCUACUGGGACAUACUGCUCCAGCACAGGCAGCAUCCUUGCUGGUAGUAGGACCCUUUCUGGACUACUGGUUGACUGGUGAAAGAGUUCAUGCAUAUGGCUAUAGUCUCACAUCUCUGUCAUUCAUAAUACUGUCUUGCACCAUUGCGGUAGGGACCAAUCUGAGUCAAUUCAUCUGCAUAGGAAGAUUUACAGCCGUAUCGUUCCAAGUGCUUGGUCAUAUGAAGACUAUUCUUGUCCUGGUGUUAGGAUUCAUUUUCUUUGGGAAAGAGGGUCUCAAUCUACAAGUAGUUGUGGGGAUGAUCAUUGCUGUUGCUGGAAUGAUCUGGUAUGGCAAUGCCUCGUCUAAGCCAGGGGGGAAGGAGCGGCGUGCCCAUUUCAUUCCUAGCAACAAAUCACAAAAACAUGGCGUAACAUCAGAGUCCCCUGACCACCUGGAUGACAAGGUCUAAAAUCUCAGUGAAAGGAAGUUCAAAAAAAGAAAGGGAGAAAAAAAGGUUGGCGUUUAUUUACACAUAGGAGGCAGAUCCCUCGAAGUCGAUUACCAUAAGAGAUUCUCAUCACAGUUCAUAUUCUUGUUGAAGUAAAAGAAUGCUGUUGAAGGGGCUGCAAUUUCCCCCAUUAAAAUUAUUGGUACAAAUAUUGUUCCAUCGCAAUUCCUUCUUUGA